AUGAAGAUCAUACCAAGCGGUGGGGUUUCAGACAGGGGGGAGACUGACAGGUGGACCGUCCGUGAGCCCCGUCUGAUCUGGGAAAAAGGGACUUUUCGCGUCUUCCUCGGCCCUGGGAAGACCAUGGCUCUCUCCGGAAUAUGUCGAAAGUCUUUGCUGGUGAUUUUACUGCAAAUCGUGUUGAUUUGCUCGGCUCAGAGGGGCCCGGUCGGUCCCAGAGGCCCCCAGGGGCCGCCAGGAGCAGCAGGCGUCCCCGGAGUGGACGGCAUCGAUGGCGACAGAGGAGACGACUCCACGGUGACCGGCGGACCAGGUGCUGACGGGGAUAACGGCAAAGACGGAGCUGCUGGAGCUGCAGGCCUCCCAGGAGCAGAUGGACCUGUCGGACCUCCUGGAGAUCCAGGUGCAGUGGGACCAAAAGGACCAAAAGGAGAUACUGGGCCACGUGGGCCUUCUGGAGAACCAGGUGUAGGACCUGAUGGGCUGGAUGGUAUUCCAGGUACAGACGGGCUCCCAGGUGAACUGGGCAAAGUUGGAGCACCUGGAGCGAGAGGCAAGAGAGGUCCAGUGGGUCUUCCUGGCCCUGCAGGGCCGCGGGGUCCUCCUGGAGUGUAUCAAGGCGAGGACCUGUGUCCCAACGCCUGCCCCUCCGGCCUGCACGGACAUCCUGGUCUCCCCGGCAUGAAGGGCCACAAAGGAAUUAAAGGAGAAUCUGGUGAGCCAGGAAGACAAGGACACAAGGGAGAGGAGGGCGAUCUGGGGCUGCCGGGUGAAGUCGGAGCUCAAGGACUACCAGGCCCAGGUGGAGCAAGAGGCCUCCCAGGAAUACUUGGCUCCAAAGGCGACAGGGGACCUCGAGGAAAACCAGGUGAUGUGGGUCCUCAGGGAAUCCAGGGAGGGCCGGGCGAUCCUGGUCAAAGAGGAGCCAUCGGUGAGAUGGGGCCGGCAGGAGUUCAGGGAGAUCGAGGUCCAGCUGGAAUCAGAGGAGUGCCAGGGCCAAAAGGAGAGCCUGGCCUCGCUGGUCCAGAUGGCCGUGAGGGAAUUCCCGGGCUUCCAGCGACCAAGGGUCUUCCAGGGAAAAAUGGGGCUCCAGGUGAUGCUGGCCUUCAAGGACUUCCUGGUUUGCCUGGUGCUUAUGGCCAAAAAGGACACGCUGGUGCAGUGGGUGUCACAGGUGAUCCAGGUGUUGUUGGACUGAUGGGGUCUCCAGGGAAACAAGGCGAGCGUGGCGAGCAGGGAGAAGUGGGACCCCCCGGACCCAGAGGAGGACCAGGAUCACGAGGAGAGAGAGGACUUGGCGGGCCUUCAGGAAUGCCAGGUCCCAGGGGAGGCAAAGGGGACCCGGGCCUUCCUGGACUUCCUGGCCCGGCUGGUUAUCGUGGACAGAAAGGCGACAGGGGUGCAGUUGGCCAAGAUGGCCCAAAGGGAGACCAGGGAGCUGCAGGUGCUGAAGGAACACCAGGAGAAGUCGGAGACCUGGGUGAUCAAGGAGAACCAGGAGAGAAAGGAUCGGGAAAAACACCAACAGAUACUCACAUCAAGCAAGUGUGCAUGAGGGUAAUGCAAGAGCAGCUGGCCCAGCUAGCAGCCAGCCUGAGCAGGCCUGAGUCCGGCAUCUCUGGCCUACCCGGUCCCCCCGGCCCCCCUGGACCCCCAGGUCCCUCCGGAGAGAACGGUUUCCCCGGACACGCAGGGUCACGAGGCCUGCCCGGUCUGAAGGGACCGGCUGGGCUGAUGGGCCGCAAAGGAAUCAAAGGUGACCAGGGUGACAGAGGCGACAGAGGACCCACAGCGAGAGGACCCAAAGGAGAUCCAGGUGCCCCCGGCCUGCCAGGUAACCCCGGGCGACCAGCGUACGGCAAAGACGGCCGUGACGGAGAGAGGGGACCCCGUGGCGCUACCGGGCUCCACGGCGUCCCCGGGCCCCCCGGCCCCGCCGGCAUGAACGGUUACUGCGAGUCGUCACAGUGCGUCCUGCCCAUGGUGGCAUCACCGGUUUCUGCCAAGGACUCCGGCAUGAAGGGCCCCAGUGACAUGUGAGGAGGGGCCGCGGCGGGAAAAUGAGAGACUGGAGCAGAAACCAGCACAUCUGUCCACGUUUGUCUUUUUUAAUUUGGUGAGCUCAUUUGGAAUUCUGUUCUCUUGAAGCCAUCUCUGUAAAGUGACCUGAAGGUGGACACUGAACAGCAAACUUUUGACAUAAAAAAAGUUUCUCUUUACCUCACGUUUUUACCACCUCUGUACUGUAAAAGUAGAGAAAUUAAGAACUCACUGUUUGUACAAACCUACCAGCCACAUUCUGUAAAAAAAACAACAACAACAAAGUCUGAAAGUUUUUCUGUAUGUUUAUGUAAAUGUGUCAAUACGCAAAUUAUACAGCUGGAUGACGUACAUUUUGUUUGUGAGUAUCUUUGUUGUUUUUCCACUUUAAUCCCCUUCGCUGUGUCUUUCCCGUUUGAUGAUUUCUGUCAUGACAACUGUUGUUUUUGUGAUUGGAGAGUGGGGCAUGUGUGAAAACCUCUCUGGCAGUUUUAUAUGACUUCUUAUUUAUUAUAUCAAGGUUCAAGGUGACAUCUUCGAGUUGUACAAAGGAGGAAAUAAACACAUU